AUGACCAACAUGAGCUGGAGCUUCCUGACGCGGCUGCUGGAGGAGAUCCACAACCACUCCACGUUCGUGGGCAAGGUGUGGCUCACCGUGCUGGUGGUCUUCCGCAUCGUGCUCACGGCCGUGGGCGGAGAGUCCAUCUACUCAGACGAGCAGACCAAAUUCACGUGCAACACGCGGCAGCCAGGCUGCGACAACGUCUGUUACGACGCCUUCGCGCCCCUGUCCCACGUGCGCUUCUGG